AAAGCAAAUAUUUUUCGGAAAAAACAUUGUUUCCAGGCGGUAAAAAGGAUUAAAGGACAAUGUCUGAGACGCCACGUACACCUGGCACCCCCGGCAGCCUGGCCAUGGAGAUGGUCAAGGCCCAGAACACUGCUCUGGCAGAUUUCAAGAAGCCCACAGAUCUCGUGCGACGCAAAAACAAACCAAAAAUUCUCACCGAAGAGCAGUACAUUGAAGAGAUGUCCAAGAUCAUACAGCGUGACUUCUUUCCCGACCUGGAGAAGUUGCGGGCCCAGAAUGAUUACCUUGAGGCUGAGGCGCGUCGUGACUUUUUGCAAAUGGCAGAGAUACGGGCGCGCUACAGCCUGGGCAGGAUUCCAAGGAUGGGCUGCAGGAACGGUAGACGUAACAACCGUAACAACAAUGCCAUGUCCCCGGCCACCUUUGAGACGCCUGUAAGCCAAGGAAGUCGCAGCAACACUCCUCUCCAGCGUGCUGACACACCGUGCUCCACCACCAGCAGCAGCGCUCGCAGCUCUACCGAAGGCGAUUCGUUACCCUCCAAGAUGUCGCUGGACGCCUUCCUGCAGAGCUACACGAGCGAGGACAACCAGAGCUUCCAGGAAAUCAUUGAGACAGCCGAGGAGAAACUGCGCCAGAAGUAUGCCCUGCUGUACAACCACGAACAGCUGUCCGCGGAUCAGCUGAAGCGCGCCCUUAUGUUGCCCAGCAUCGAGAAGCAGUUCGAGGAGCCCGAUCCGCUGAGGAAGAUCGAGACUUGGAAGUACACAAACAUGAACUCGGUCAUGUAUGUGCCUGACGGGGUUGAGUUGACCGAGGAGGAGCGUGUGCAGGCAGCAGAACGCCGAAUGAGCAUCAAGCACGAGGCCACCAGACUUCCAGAUAGCUUGAACAACAAACAUCAGGAGGUGGAAAAUAAAAAGGCUACAGACCCAGCGGUUGGAGAAAACGAUCCCACAGCCACACCACGCAUACGCGGCUUCGAGCUACUACGCUCUCCCUCGCCACAUCCGGGUGUGGCCUUCUCCCCGAUCAUGACCUGGGGCGAGAUCGAUGGCACGCCCUUCCGCCUGGAUGGAGGUGACACUCCGCUGCGUCCCACCCAGGGACCCUCGUUCCGUAUCAACGAGAACUCCCGGCGCGAGAACAUAGCCAUUGCUUUGGCCGAAAGAGUCAGCGAGAAGAUGCGCAACCAAAAACAAGUUGCUUUCGACACUGCCCGACGCAACAUCGGCUCCCCGCUGAUCCGUACCAACAUGGAGCGCUUGGCCAGCAUGUCACCGGCUGCCCAGCAUCUGGCCACCGCCAAGCUAGGCUUGCGCUGCACACCCAGCCUAUCACACACUCCAACGCCGGGUGCGGCCAGGAAGAGAAAGAUCACGCCCGGUCUGGUGAAGAGCACAACACCGCUGGGGAAGCCAAGACGAAUCACAACACCAUCCAGGAACACCGUCAUCGACACGGGCUCCACAAUAACAGACGACCUUCUCAAGAUCCCCAUAAAGCCUCGCAGUGCAGCGGCGGAUUUCUUUUAGCAAACUGUCGAACCCGGAUAUCCUUUAACACAUAGUCAAUUCAUUUUUUGCGUUUAAAUUUUAAUACAACUAUCCAAUAAACAUACAAAAUGUUGUAA